AUGGGGGCUGCCUUUAAGAAGUUUUGUGCCCAAUUCUGCUGCUGCUGCUGCUGUGGGGAUGAUGAUGAGGACGAGAAAAGACCUAUACUCAGUGCCGAUACACUGGAGUAUUUUGAUCGUGAGGCAAAAAAGAGGCGGGACCAAGAGACUAACCUGUGGAAUGAACCUGGAGACCCUUCUCAUUCUGAGAGAGAUGAUGAUCGGGCACUUUAUAACCUGCUGCAGACCAGAGCAAAAACACGCAGGGGGUCUCAGGGCUACAGGCGUCUGAGCGUAGACAUCGAGGCCAUGAGAGAAGUGCGGAGAGAGGUCAGGGAUAAAUGGAAGAUGAUCCUGGAGAACCUUGGUUUCAUGGCGGAGGCAGAGUCUCUGUUGACGGUGUCUGCAAGCGCGUCGUAUGAUCGCAUGCGGAAUGCCGCGGCCGCCCGUAAGCUCCUUCACACGCUUCAUUCUGAGACGUCCAUCUUCAACAGCAAAGAUGCUCCACCUGAGAGAUACCUCUUCAUCCUGGAUCGGCUGCUAUACCUAGACGCUGCAGAAGAUUUUGUUGCCAAGGCUCGAAGGUUCUACCCACCUAAAGAUGACGAUGACGACGAUGAAGACAAUCCAGCGAUCAACUUGCCUUUACUGCUCUCCCGCGUAAACCGCGACUUAUCUGGAGCGGAGGAGGAUGAGGAUGAGGAUGGAGAGACCAGCGGACGAGAGGAGUGA